GAAGCCUUGAGUUCGCUUCGAUCCCGUCCUCUCAUUGCUGUUGCACGAACGUUGCUGGAUUUCGAUUUCGAGCUCUUUAAGUACUCUUCGAAACGCUCCAAUCCUCAAUAUCUUUGAAUUUUUUUGCGGCUCGUAUUUUGUCCUGCGGAGUUUUGCUUUUCCUUUGCCGCGGUUUUUGAUUCGAGGUGCACGGCAAAUCAAUUAUUUGAGAGCUGUAUAGUUAGCAUUUAUGUGCUACAGCUUGUCAGCCCUCCACUGGAUCUAACUUUGCUGCACAGAUGGAAAGAUCUAGUAGCUUUCGUGAGUCCAUGGAACAUUCUGCUCCAUCUCAUCCAAGCAUGUUGAGGAGCACUUCACCAAUAGCACAAACCGAUGUAACAAAUUUCUUUCAGUGUUUGCGUUUUGAUCCUAAGGUGGUUGCCGCAGAUCAUAAGUCUAUUCGUCAAGGUGACUUUAAGCGGCAUAUGAAUACUGCUCUUGGGAUACAAGGAGACGAGUCUCCUAGUGGAGCAUUGAAAGGGAAGUCAAUUCCAUCUCCUAUACCAGAAGAGAUCAAAAGACUAAAGACUGGUCUACGCGAAAACAAUGUGAAGGCCAGAGAGCGCCUAAAAUUUUUCAACGAAGCUUCUUCUGUAUUUAAUAAGUUUUUCCCAACUGUGCCUACAAAGAAGAGGUCUCGACCAGAAGGGUUUUCUGGUGAGCGCUCUGGUGAUCGCAUGGUAUUAGGGUCAGGCCUAGAUAAAAUGGGAACUCAAAGUCAGACCCUGGCUGGUGGUUUUGAGCUUGACCAGCAAAAGUUGGAUGAACGACUUAAAAGUGGUGUUCCAAAUAAGCGAACACGUACUUCCAUGAUGGAUGUUCGAAGCAAUCCUAUUGUUCGACAGUCAGCUGUUGUAGACAGAGAUAAAGAAAUAACGCGGCUGGCAAAUCACAAUGCAGUUCAAGGUGAAGAUCGAACUUCAAUUGGUAUUGAUGGUUGGGAAAAGUCAAAGAUGAAGAAAAAACGCUCCUGUAUUAAAACGAACUGUCAUCCUAACCUGGCUUCAAGUAAAGUGGUUGAUGGUUAUCGAGACUUGAAGCUGGGAAUACAACAGAAGGCAAUGGGUGACUUCCGCUCGAAGUUGAAUGGUGACUCAAACAUGUUAAGGCAAGCGGCUGGCAAUGGAGCUACUGGGUAUGGUAGAUCUGAUAACCUCUCUCAGCAGACGUUGGCCGGACAUUCCCCAGUGUCAAGGAUCGAUGCUGAUCAUAAUUCAUUGUACAUUGAGAAGAGAGAACGCUCCACUGGCUCGGAUAAGGAAAGGGUGAAUCUCAGGGCUGUCAGAAAGUCCAAUAUUCACGAUGAAUUCAAUUCUUCAAGUCUGGUUUCAGACACAAAAACAAAUGCUUCGGUUCGCGGGCCUAGAUCUGGAUCAGGGGUACCUCAGAAACUGUCGCUAGGACUCCAUAUCACUCCAUCCCCAAGUGACUGGGAUAUCUCUGGCUGUACAAAUAAGCCUCCACCAUUGUCAGGGGUUACACAUCGCAAGCGUAUGGCACCAAAUCGAUCUUCAUCACCACCUGUCACUCAAUGGGCUAAACAAAGACCACAAAAGAUAUCCCGUAUAGCAAGAAGGACGAAUUUAGUUCCCAUAGUUUCUAAUAACGACGAAGUUCCUUACUCAGAUAAUAUAUUAGAUGCUGGCUGUGUUGAAACUGGGUUUGGAUUUCAUAAACGCUCCCCAGCUGCUUCUCCUCAAUUGAAACUAAACGGUGAAAGCAGUUUCUCCGCCGCAACUUUAUCAGAAAGUGAAGAAUCUGGCCCCCCUGAGAUCAAGUCUAAAAUCAAGGGGAAGCAGUCUGAUGAGGUUAGUGGGAAAGCUGCACAGAUUUUGCCUAAAGUGUCCAUCCCUUCUUUACAAUCAAGAAAAAGUAACAAGCCUGCUACUGGUGAGGAGAUUAGGGAUGGUGUGAGAAGACGAGGAAGGACGGGCCGUGGCUUUUCUUCCACAAGGUCUCUUAAUCCAGCGGGAGUAGAGAAACUUAAGAAUGCUGGAACAGCAAAGCAGCUUCGCAGUGCAAGACCGAAUUUUGACAAGAGUGAAAGUAAGGUAGGUCGCCCACCCACUAGGAAACUAUCUGAUCGUAAGGCUUACAAACGGGCAGCAAAUUCUUCAACACUAGAUUUUCAUGCGGGUUCAGAUAAUGGCCAUGAGGAGCUACAAGCGGCUAUUAAGUCGGCUGUAAUUUUUGCUCAGAAAUUUCCCAACCCUUUCUGGAAGCAAAUGGAGCGAUACUUUUGCUUAAUAUCUGAUGAUCAUAUCAAUUUCGUGAAACACCAGGGAGAACUCUCCUCCAUGGGUCCCUCACCCGUUCUGACGUCCUCUGAAGUUGAUAAUCGUGAUUUAGUUCCUGGGGAACAUGGAACUAGCAGGGUGGAUUCCAAUGGUUGUCCACUUUACCAGAGAUUACUAUCAGCUUUGAUUUCUGAGGACUCGAUGAGUGUAAAUGAAGAUAUACAAGUUGAUCGAUUUGGGGCCACGCAUGAUCUUGAUGAAGCCUCAGAAUUCAGUGUUCUGAAUAAUAUGGUGGAGUUCAAUGGGUUUAGAAACAACGAAAGGCCGCACCUUGAUGAAUCCGAGGACGAUGAGUCUGCAAUUCUGUUCAAGGGUUGUAAUAAGUCAGUCCACCUCUGCAAUGGCAAAUUUUUAGAUCAUUCACCCAUCGACUUCUUAGACAUUCAGUAUGAUAAAUUGGGGAUAGAUGAAAGGAUUUAUCUUGAAGCUCAGUCUAUUGGAAUAUCCUUAGAACCAAUGCCUAGUAUCUCAAACGUGGAGGAUGACGAAAUUGUUGACGAAAUCAAAAAGUUGGAGGAGGCCAUCUGCAAGGAGGGUUCAAAGAAGAAAGAGAUUGUGGAUAUGCUACUAAAGCUUGCCUUAGAGAUGAAAGAAAGUCAGGAGAAGGAGUUUGAUCAGCUUGGUUAUGAUAAACUCAUCGAAAUGGCAUAUGAAAAAAGCAAGGCAAGUAGGCGUCAUCACACCGUUGUUGGAAAAAAUUCCAAUAACAAGAUUUCAAAGCAGGCUGCAUCUGCUUUUGUUAAAAGGACGCUUGAACGAUGCCAUCAAUUCGAAGAGACAGGCAAAAGCUGCUUCAGUGAGCCUGAAAUUAAGGAUAUGUUCAUUGCCAGGUUGGCAACAGCCGAAGAUUCUCUCGUGAAUAAUGAGUAUACUCUGUCGACUUCAACACCCAUGGGCACACAGCUAAGCUCUUCGUUGGCACGCAUUGGGCAGAACUUGGAGAACUAUACCAAUUCCUCUGAUGCUCUAGCAUCUGAAAAUGCCUUGCUAGAACAAACGACGGGGAAAGAAGAUACAUCAUGGUCCAAUAAGGUCAAGAAGAGAGAUGACGAUGUUCGUAUUGGGACACAACUCUCAAGUAGUACAAAGGGAAAGAGAAGUGAGAGGGACAGAGAUGGGAAAGGGCAGGCUUCAUCUAGAAAUGGAACCAAUAAGAUUGGCCGGCCUUCCUUGUCUAAUGCCAAGGGUGAAAGAAAACCGAAAGCAAAACCGAAGCAGAAAACAACCCAGGUAUCUUCAUCUGUUAGGAUCCGGGAGCAACCAAAAGCGCCAUUACCCGAAUCGAAUGAAACAAACAGCGAGUGUAAUAACUUGGAGACACUGGAAGAGACAGAGGCGAUUCUUGACCUAUCUCAGCUACAAAUACCAGAUGGCUUGGGAGGUCCAGAUGAUUUUGAUACGCAACCAGGUGAUAUUGGUUCAUGGUUUAACAUGGAUGACGAAGAAGAUUUCGAUAUCCUAGAGCUUGGAAUACCAAUGGAUGAUCUCUCAGGACUGAACAUAAAGUUAUGAGGUCACCUCUCCCUCUCACUCUUUCUAUAUCUGUAUAGUCUUGUUGGUUAUACUAGUUAACAACAACAACAAAAAAGCAUAGAGGUAAAAGAAUUUUUUUGCUUCCUUAAACGAAUAACCAGUUACCGGGGGAUGCGUUAUUAGGAUGUUAUCUCCAGAAAAUUAGGUCAUAUAGAUUCUUUUCUUCAUCAUCUUCUUCUUCUUAGGCUUCCUUUUUUAUCUUCUUUUUUGGUGGAUUUGGGUCCAGCGGGUAAAGGGUAGGUUGGUAGCUAAACUUCCGGCUGUAAAUAGAAAAAAGAGUGAUGAUAGUGAUGUUGUAUUGAUAUAUAUAAAUGGAGGGUCUUCUUCUUCUUCCUCUUCUUCUUCCUCUUCUUGAGCUUCGGUUUUCUUGUAGUUUUCCAUAACCUCAGAACCAUAACCUCUCUGUAAAUACAUUUUAUGUCAAUAAAAUUCAGUUUCUCCCA